AUGUCGGUCGAGCAAAACCCUACCUUGGAGAAGGACAUCGGUCCCGAGACCGAGAGCAACGGAACUGGAAAUGCUCCCCUCAGGCACGAGAUGACUGCGGAGGAGACGGCUAGAGCUGCUGCGCGCUUCGGCUAUGGUCCGAUGGCUCACGUCAACACCGCCGAGGCCAACUUGCGUCCCUUCGGAGGAGAGUUCCAGCCUGGUCUGUACAAGUCGGUCGAAGGUCGCAAGUUCGCCAACCCGGCUCCUCUGGGUCUCUGCGCUUUCGCCCUCACCACUUUCGUCCUGAGCGCGGUCAACAUGGGAACCCGGGGUAUCUCCGCGCCCAACAUCGUCGUCGGCCUGGCUUUUGGAUAUGGUGGUCUCGUUCAGCUGCUUGCUGGCAUGUGGGAAAUGGCGGUUGGAAACACUUUCGGUGCCACUGCUCUGUCUUCUUAUGGUGGUUUCUGGAUCUCCUUCGCGAUCAUUUUGACUCCCGGUGGAUUCGACAUCGAGUCUGCGAUUGAAUCGGCUGGCGGUGCUCCGAUGUUCUACAACUCGAUGGGUCUCUUCCUCAUGGGCUGGUUCAUCUUCACCACCAUCAUGCUGUUCUGCACCCUGCGCUCGACCGUUGCAUUCUUCCUGCUGUUCUUCUUCUUGGACUUGACCUUCUUGCUCCUGGGUAUUGGAUACCUGCAGCGCAACGAUACCAACGAGGUCAACACCCCUGUCAUCAAGGCCGGUGGCUUCUUCGGCUUCCUGGCUGCUUUCGCUGCUUGGUACAACGCCCUGGCGGGUAUUGCCGACAGCAGCAACAGCUUCUUCAUCAUCCCUGUCGCCCACUUCCCGUGGUCUCCGACCGCUCGUUCUCGCCAGAAGACUGCUCGCGAGACGGUCUAAGGGGGUGCAGUACUCGUAUAGUCCCAGGCCCUGCAAGCGGCCUUGCUAUGUUCCGAUGAACAUGCCAUUGUUAUAAUUCUGAUACCCAUUCAUGUAGGACCGUCCUGUUUAGCGAAUGGUUCGCAGUGUCGGCCUUCGCACGGGGUUGUUGUCCGGUACAUUAAUUGUUUUGUCACUGUUGUUGAUUCCAACUGGAUAUGGAAAUAACCGAUCGGGUAAUAAUGAGGCAGUCCGCUGUCGUGGACGAUGAUUUGGAGUUUUGUUUUUGAUAUGCACAGUUGCUCAAUGAAUGAUUCGAAUGACUAUGAUGGAAGUGAUUUUAGCAAGUGGUUGAAUUGGUGUAGGGUGUCUGACUUACUGCAGCAAGCAUUACCUGCAGUCAUCCGUAUCAUGCGUGUCAGCGAGUCUGCUUGUGGCAAAUGACUAUCGACAUACGCUUGACCCGGCGAAAGAUUAUAGAUCGAGCUUGCGGUAGGUUGCUGAAAGUGUUGU